AUGAAGCUGCUCUGGGUUUGCGUCGCGGCCAACGCGAUCGGGCUCUCGCUCGGCAUGGACCUUCUGGCAUCCGAAACGGCUCCGGUCGGCGCGAAUCUCUUGGCGGCCGCGGCCACGAAGUGCACGCGUGACAACGACUGCCCGCAACUGACGUGCCACAGUACCUCGUGCAGUACCUUUGGAUACUGCAAGUACACGCCACUGGGAGUGGGCGCCAAGUGCCCGGGCCAGAGCUGCACCAACGGGGCGCUUGCGACGACGACGCCAACGACUCGUGCAACGCCGACGCCGAAUGCGUCGGUGCCCGAGUAUUGCACUGGUACGUCCGGCACGUGCCCCGUCGACGCCUUCGCCCCAUCGACCAUGACGUGCUCUGGCGCCAACAACCGCGGCGCAUGUGACGGUCAAGAUUUAUGCGAUGGGUUUGGACACUGUGUCGACGUGUACCUACCGUCGUCCACUGUCUGCCGAGCGUCGAAAGGCGAGUGUGACGUGGCUGAAUCGUGCUCGGGCAAGUCCAGCCAAUGCCCGCCGACACGUUCGCGCCGUCCACCACGACGUGCAAGGGCACGUCCAACGACAAGCUUUGCGAUGGCGCCGAUCUCUUCGUCGACCAAGUGCAGUGGCACGAGCAACAGUGGCGUCUGCGACGGUCAAGACAUGUGCGACGGGUCCGGCAAAUGCGUGGACAAGUACCUGCCGUCAUCCAACGAGUGUCGGGCGUCCAAGGGCCCAUGUGACGUCGCGGAGACUUGCACUGGUCAAGGCAGCGAGUGUCCGGUGGAUACUUUUGCGCCGACGACGGCCAAGUGCACUGGCUCGAGCAACAGCGGAGCGUGUGACAUUCAAGACUUCUGCGACGGCCAGGGCAACUGCGUCGACAAGUACUUGCCGUCAACGAGUGUCUGCCGGUCGUCCAAGAACCAAUGUGAUGUCGCCGAGAUGUGUACCGGCUCCAGUGGCGCGUGCCCUGCCGACGCGUUUGCGCCGACGACGGCCACGUGCACCGGGACGUGCAAUGGCAACGCCUGUGACGGUGUCGAUCUCUGCGACGGGAAAGGAAACUGCAUCGACGUCUACCUCCCGUCAACGACUGUGUGCCGAAAGGCUGCGAGCGACUGCGAUGUUGCCGAGUCUUGCACCGGCAGUAGUGGUCAAUGCCCCAGUGACAAGUUUGCGCCGACGACGGCCAAAUGCACCGGGACGUGCAACGGAAACCCUUGUGAUGCUCAGGAUUUCUGCGACGGCAGCGGAAACUGCGUCGACAAGUACCUACCGUCGGACACAGUUUGCGGCACGACGGGUAACGCGUGCAUCAUCCCAGCGACAUGCACGGGCGACAUGGGGUUUUGCCCGCCCGAUGACUACGCCGAUUCGUCGGUCCCGUGCAGCGGCACGAGCAGCGGCAACGUUUGUGACGGUAUUGAUACUUGCGACGGGGAAGGCAGCUGCGUCGAUCGCUUCUUGGGCGCCAGGACGGUGUGCCAGAAACCCACCGGCUACUCGCGUCCGAUCUAUUGCAACGGAAAGAGCGCAACGUGCCCUGUUGCCAAGUCCUUUUUGGAAGGCAACCUUCGCGAGAUGACGGCCGACGACCAGGCGCCGGUGCAGUCGAUGCUCGUGGCCGUGUCGCCGUCGUCGCCCAUGGUGCUUCUCGGCCUCGUCUGUGUCGUCGCUGCCGCCGUCGCCAUGGUCACGAUGCGCCAGCGCCGCGACGAGCCCGCGUUCGACGACGCCACGUACAAGCUGCUGGCGACGCACGAAGACGCCUCGGCCGCCUUUUGAGCUCAUGCUGACGACCUUGCAUGCUGUAUAUGAGAAGCAACAAUACAAUUUGUACUUUUGGUUGCUAUAAGAGAA